AUGCCACAAAGACUCCAUGGCUCAAUAUAUAUAAUUUGUACCUCGGUGCAGGUACCGGCCAAUCAUGCCCGAAGGCCAACGCACGUCGUUCAGUCUAUAGAUCGUUUUUAUGCAUUGUCAACUGAUCGACGACUUUCAUUCGGCACAAAAGGUUACUAUGGCCGUUUAGGAUUAAUAUGGGAAAGCUCGGGGAAAGCAUCAACUUUCAGCGACGGGCGGUUUAGAUGUCGGAGGUGUGCACGUGUGGAAACGUGGUGUGUUGGUUGGCUUUCCGGGGAAUUGGUUUAG